AUGGGCGGGGACGCAUCGCAUCCCCUUGCCGGGGCCGGCCGGAGUUCGCCGGAUCUGGUGGACCUGUCCACCACGGAGGUGCGCGCUGGGGAGGGGGACACCUCGAUGGCUGCGCUUGCUCCGCUCGGUGUAGCGCGCUCUCGUCCGCGACGUCACCGCGGCAUCACUCUGGAGGAAGGGCAUCCCCUUAACAAUGGCGUAUGCUCCGAAUCACCUGUUAAUCAGGUUGAGGUAAACCAUGCUAGUGAAAUUGAUGCAAUUUUUGAUUCCAUAAGCUAUGAUAAGGGUGCUUCUGUUAUUCGUAUGCUACAAAGUUACCUUGGUGCAGAGCGUUUUCAGAAAGCUCUGGCUUCAUAUAUAAAGAAGUAUGCCUACUCGAAUGCUAAGACUGAAGACCUAUGGGCUGUUCUUGAGGAGGAAUCUGGGGAGCCUGUUAAGGAUUUGAUGACUACAUGGACUAAGCAACAAGGAUAUCCUGUUAUUUAUGCAAAAAUCAAUGGACAUGAUUUGGAACUUGAACAGCACAAAGUGAAGCCAUUAAGAUUUUUACAUCCGGAUUGUCAGUUGUUUGCUGCCUCUCAAAGUGCAGAUGGGGAGAAGAAUCAAAACAUUUGGGUCAAAUUGAAUAUUGAUCAAACCGGAUUUUAUAGAGUGAAGUAUGAUGAUGAACUUGCAGCUGGACUUGUAAAUGCAAUCAAAGCAAAGAAGCUCUCAUUAAUGGAUAAGAUUGGUAUCGUGGAAGAUUCAUAUGCGCUCUCUGUUGCUUGCAAGCAAACACUGACGUCAUUGUUGCGACUGCUGAAUGCUUAUAAUGAUGAGUCUGAUUACACUGUACUUUCACAUGUAACCUCUGUAUGCUUAAGCAUUUCUAAAAUAACAGUUGAUGCUACUCCUGACAUGAACAAAGAUAUCAAACAACUUUUGAUCAACCUUCUUCUCCCAGCUGCCAUGUAUGCCAAUAGGCUUCAUAUUUUACUUGUUUUCACCAUGUGUAUUUGUGGAUUGACAUAA